UGUUAAAUAGGACUUACUGCUCACAAUAAUGCUAGCUCUUCUGCACAAUGUCUUUCCUGUGGCUGCUGUCCUGUUUUGCCUUUAUAAGUGCAGCUUAUGGCUGUGGAGUUCCUUCCAUUCCACCCGUUAUCACUGGCUAUGCCCGCAUUGUGAAUGGUGAGGAGGCAGUGCCUCAUUCCUGGCCUUGGCAGGUUUCCUUGCAGGACUUCACUGGCUGGCACUUCUGCGGUGGCUCCCUGAUCAAUGAGUACUGGGUUGUGACAGCUGCUCACUGCAAUGUGAGAACUAGUCACAGUGUGAUCCUGGGAGAGCACAACAAGGGAAGUAGCAACACCCAGGAGGACACACAACGUAUGAAAGUGGAGAAAGUGUUCACCCACCCUGAGUGGAACCCUAAUACCAUCAACAAUGACAUUUCCUUGAUCAAGCUGGCAUCCCCUGCCACCCUGAAAGCCCAAGUCUCUCCCGUCUGUCUUGCUGAGACUUCAGAUGUCUUCGCUCCUGGCAUGAUCUGUGCAACUUCUGGCUGGGGGGUCACCAGAUACAAUGCUUUGUUGACCCCAGAUAAACUCCAGCAGACUGCUCUGCCUCUGCUGUCCAAUGAAAACUGUAUGAACUACUGGGGAAGCAACAUCAGUGAUGUCAUGAUUUGUGCUGGUGCUGCUGGUGCCUCCUCUUGCAUGGGUGACUCUGGUGGUCCUCUGGUGUGUCAGAAAAAUGAUGUGUGGAUGCUGGUGGGUAUUGUGUCGUGGGGAAGCAGCCGCUGUGACACCAAUAUGCCUGGUGUGUAUGCCCGUGUCACAGAGCUUCGUGACUGGGUGGACCAGAUUCUGGCUUCCAACUAAAACCACAAAGCCAUUUCAUGGAAAUUGAAAACUGACAUGGUUAAAAAGCAUCUUUCAUUUUAAAAGCACUAAAUAACAUGCCAUUCCUGUAUCAGACAAUUUGAUUUUGCAGAGGUCACAAAGCAAAUGUCCAGGAAGAGGAAGAUUAAUUAUAUUUCUUAGGGCUUUCAGUUUAUGUAAACAAUCAUGUUUUUAUGGCAUUAUCAUGAUUGCUCUCAAAUUUAAAGUUUGUUGAAACUAGCUUCUAAAUGUCCAUUGUUUCCUUUCCAUAUGUCAUGCAUUUUUCUAAUAAAGAAAAAUUAUGUCUGCCAGUA